GUCGUUGGUGGACAGCAGUGGCAGGUCCGUCAAACUCAGUCUGGGUGGUCAGGCUUUAUGAUUGGCAUCCACGCACGUCCCGUACCCUUCUCGCCAUCGAUCUCUUUGACAACGGUCGCUGACAGGGACCCGUGGUUCUUGUCAAGUCAUGCGUCUGCCCACCCCCGUCUCCAAUUAAUCACCCAACCACAGCCGGGGUUGCGGACUCAUCUGAACGACAUGACAUCUACAUUACAAACCCAUCAAGUGCAGAUGUACCCCUGGGUAUAUGCGUGACCAUCCUGGUAUGCAUGUCUUUCUUUUGACCUUUCCCCAAAAUUUAAUGCUGUUUGCCUUUUCUGCCCCUUUGCUGUAGUAGACAGACUUUGUUGCUUCUUUGGACUUCUUUGCGUACUACUGUACUUCCUGUUUGCUCAUGUACAUGAUUCUGUCUCGUGGGGGACCUGCAUGUAGUAUGCGUUGUAAUAAUGUAGCGCACUCCCCCUGGUUCUACGAAGUGCAGCUCACUGCCAUGCAGAGCCAUCUACAUGCCUGAGAUUAGGCACGCGACACUGAGAGAGGGUCUGUGGACAAGCAUCGUCCCAUAAGCCG